AUGGCUACCUCUCACAAGGGUUUCUUUCUCAGCCAACGGAAAUACGUUCUGGACCUUCUCAAGGAAGCAAACAUGAGUGAUGCUAAACCUGUCCAUACACCUCUUGACACGAAACUCAAACUUAGCUUGGAUGGGCAACCACUUCCAAACAUCAGCUAUUAUCAGCGUCUUGUUAGUAAGCUGAUCUACUCGACUAUUACAAGGCCUGGCAUAGCCUAUUUAGUAAGCAUUGCUAGCCAAUUUAUGCACUAUCCCACUAUGGAGCAUUUUAAUCUUGUCAAAAUACUACUUCGGUACCUAAAAGGUUCAGUAGGUCGUGGCAUCAUCAUGAAGAAGAAUGAGAGCACUGAGAUCACCGGUUAUUGUGAUGCUAAUUGGGCUGGUAACUCUAUUGAUCCCCUCUUGGUCUCUCUUCUGUUUUUCGUCAACCUCUGUGUUGUUCUUCGAAACCCGCCUCCUGAACGAAUCAACGCCUUCGCCGACGCCAGAAUCAUCGAAACACUCGUUCCAAAUGAAACGAAACGGGAGUAUGAUUCCGAAGAUAAGCUACAAGAUGGAUUAAUUGCUCCUGGAUUUGAUGAAGCCUCUUGCUUGAGCAGAUAUCAAUCCAAUUCAUACAGAAAAGUUUCACCACAAAAACCAUCUUCUCAUCUUCUCUCCAGACUGAGAAGCUAUGAAGAUCUCCACAAGAAAUGUGGACCCCACACCAAACCCUACAACAAAACCCUAGAACAACUCAAGUCCAGCAGUAACCCUAGCAGCACUAGCGCUGAUAGUUCAGAAGAGUGCAAGUAUGUGGUUUGGAUAUCUUACAGUGGCUUGGGGAACAAGAUACUGACCAUAUCCUCCGCCUUCCUCUAUGCCCUGCUCUCUAACAGAGUCCUUCUUGUCGACCCUGGAACGGACAUGGCUGACCUCUUCUGUGAGCCCUUCCCUGAAAACUCAUGGCUGUUGCCUAAUGACUUCCCCUUAAAAGAUCAAUUCGUCACACUUGAUCAGAAAUCUCCCCAUUGUCAUGGAAACAUUUUGAAAAAGAACAACACUAAGAACACUUCACCAGAAUCAGUCACAUCUUUUCUGUAUCUCCAUCUGGUUCAUAAUAAUGAUGAUCAAGACAAACUUUUUUUCUGUGAUGAAGAGCAAAUUCCUAUUGAGAAAGUGCCAUGGUUGGUAAUGAGAACAAACAUCUACUUUGUUCCAUCGCUUUUCUUGAUGCCAUCUUUCGAGCAAGAACUCGAAAAGCUCUUCCCCGAAAAGGAAACGGUUUUCCACCUCUUGGGUAAGUAUCUUUUCCACCCUUCAAAUCAUGUAUGGGGGAUGAUCACAAGGUACUACCAAGCUUACUUAGCAAAUGCAGAUGAGAGGAUUGGGAUUCAAGUUCGAACUUUUGAGCCGGGGCCUAGUCCCUUUCCGCAUGUGAUGAACCAAAUUUAUGCGUGUGUUUUCAAGGAGAAACUACUGCCUCUGGUAGAAAGGAGGAAACCAAUCGUCACAGCUUCAUCAGGGAUGCCGAUACUGAAGUCGGUUUUAAUUACUUCUUUGACCUCGGGGUAUUCUGAGGAUGUGAGGAACAUGUACUGGGAACAUCCGACUGUGAAUGGGGACACAAUCGGGGUUUUCCAGCCUAGUCACGAAGAGCAUCAGCAGACAGAUAAGAAUCUGCAUGACCGGAAAGCUUGGGUAGAAAUGUAUCUGCUCAGUCUGUGUGAUAUGUUGGUCACAAGUGCGCAGUCAACUUUCGGGUACGUGGCUCAAGGUCUUGGAGGUUUAAAACCAUGGAUUCUGUACAAGCCGGAGAAUCGAACGACGCCGGAUCCGCCUUGUGGUCGGGUCAGGUCGAUGGAGCCUUGCUCUCAUGCUCCCCCGUUUUAUGACUGCAAGGCAAAGAAAAAAGUGGAUACGGGUGCAAUUUUGCCUCAUGUGAGACACUGUGAGGAUGUGGCAUGGGGACUUCAGCUAGUUGAGAGUCAUUAA